AGGACAUAUAGCUCCCGUGUGUUUCACUAGACAUAGGCACUUGACCUUUAAUGAAACACACACCAUAUUUAGUGCUGACGAAAAGAAAUCCUUUGGAAAAGGAUAUUCGAAUCAUAAACAAUCUCCACAGGAUAGUGCACAAAAGAAACCGUAUUAUUUCUUCUACUUUGACGAAAAGAAGAAAGUCCACAUUCCGUUACCGGAACCAACACAGACCACACCGAGAUAUCGGCACUCCGUUCGGGUAGACUGGAACCCGCCAACCACUAGACAAUGGGUUGGCCAAGCCUAUACCACUUAUUCCUUCAAUCUUUCUUCAAAAACGCCUCAAUCAUGGCCGGAGGAAGAUCAAAGUCUAAGGCUUCCAAGAAGAAAAGCACCGCCGAACCCUCAAGCUCCGCGCCUCCUCCGUUCCCAUAUUUGGACGGAUCAUUUCUUGAGUUCGGGUCGGAGGAAGAACUCACACGCUUCCUCACUCACUUUGCCAAGCGCCCGAUCUCUCCACCUCGAGUGCUCCCGGAGUUGUUUCCCCAAGACAAAGGGUACCACGACCUCGACAACCAACUCCAAGCGUCGGGCUUGUGGCCAUUCGUAUCCAAGAGCCGCUCGAGCUUCAAUCCCGCCUUCGUCCGGGCUUUCUACUCCAAUCUCCGCCGUGAGGGGGACACCAUUCGCAGUAGCAUCAAUCUCUACGACAUAGAGAUUGAUUUGGCUACCUUCGCUCGGGUCGCAAGGCUGCCCAUCCGCGGUGACGACAUCGCAACCUAUGGUGGCGAGGAUUGGAUCCUCAACAACGAGGCGGUCGUCAUUCGUGAGCUUGGGAUCACCAACUUGAUCCGCCACAGCGGCGCACCGACGAUUCACUCGGCCCCACCGGACAAGCGCCUCCUCCUCUACAUCAUCACCCGGAUUCUCCGCCCCCGGGACAACAGCCAUACCUCGCUCUUCAACGAGGACUUGAAGGCGAUUCAUGCCAUCAUCCACGGCGCCUCCAUCAAUUGGGCGAAAUUCGUGAUGAUCCACAUGGCGGAUUGCGCCUCCAUCGCCACUGAGCGGAGCUUGCCAUACGCCUUCCUCGUCAUGGACCUCAUCAUCUCCGCCGACAUCUCCAUCGCCGGCCCGGAUACGAAGAUGACAAAGAUUUGGAUAAUUCAAGACAGCACCUUCCGGAAGAAGAAAGGUAUUUUCCUUUGGGUUGAAGUCUUGAAGUGCGGUAUCUCCGAGCAAGUGUUGUUGAGGCUCGUGGGACUCGAGUUCUCAGAGCCCCGGGUUGGAAGGUCCGACCAGUACGGUAGUUUCGCUCCAACUCCAAAAUCAACCACAAUCGCCAUGAUUGCUUUCCCCAUGGCCACCACGAGGGUUGUGCCGGCCGUUAUAAUUGGCCGCGGACGAGUGGGAAAGGCCCUUCAUGACAUGGGAAAUGGUGAAGAUGUGUUGGUAAAUAGGGGAGAGCGUGUGCCCUUGGACUUCCCCGGCCCCAUCUUCGUCUGCACUAGGAAUGAUGAUCUUGAGGCAGUACUAGAAGCUACCCCUAAUUCUCGCUGGAGCGGUAUUAUACUUUUCAUUUCUGCCUGCAUUUUUCUCAGGGAUAAGGGAAUAGAAGCAAGAGAAAAUCAGCUCCAGAAUAAUCAAGGAUCUGGAUGAAAAUACCAUGGAAUAAUACAACAACAACAACCCAGGUGAAUCCCACAACAGUAGGGUCUGGGGAGGGUGUGUGUACGCAGACCUUGCCCCUACUCGGAAGUAGGGAGGCUGUUUCCAAGAGACCCCCGGCUCCACCUGCACAAAAAUAUGGAAGGGAACAUAGUAUAACACAGAUAAAGUACCAAGUACAAGCAACACGUACAAGCAAUAACAGAAGAUUCCUAACAAAUACAACACACUACAAAACAACCUCUACAACACCGAGCUCCUAUCCAGCUACUCUAAUCCUAGUUUUCCAAAGGUUCCUAUCUAGGGCCAUAUCCUCAGUCAGGUCGAGAAGUCCUAAAUCCUGCCUAAUCACCUC